UUUGAUUCAAAGACAGGAAGGGUGAGAGAGUGAGUGUGAGAGAGAGAAGGCCAACCCAAUUUACUCAUCAUGGUGACCACUGGACUCGAAUCCUAAUUUAGUCAGUGGUUAUCUGGUUGUCAGUGUUGAUGUUGUCAGUGACUCGUUGACAGAUAUUUAUUGAGUGUCAUCUGGAAAAUAGUGUGCCAGUGAUAUCUUCCAAACAAAGGAUGGAGGGCAUACGACUGUCCAUGAGUAUUCUGCUGGGAAUCCAGGUGUUGCUUAUAAUCCUGGGAGCUUGUUUUCUGCGCUAUGGCAAGGACGCUGAUGCCAAAGUUCUGGUUGAUAAGGACACUGAAUCUGUCAAGAACAAAUAUCCAAUGUUUCAGGAUGUGCACGUGAUGAUAUUCAUUGGUUUCGGUUUUCUGAUGACUUUCCUCAAGCGAUAUGGCUUCAGUUCGCUGGGAUUCUCGUUUCUGCUGACGUCAGUGGUUGUGCAGUGGGCGAUUUUCUGCCGCGGCAUCUUCCAUCUCGAAGAAGACGACAAAAUUCACCUGAAUAUGCUCAGUUUGGUGAAUGCAGAUAUAGCAGCAGCUUCAGUGCUGAUAUCAAUGGGAGCUGUUCUUGGGAGGACAACCCCCAUCCAACUGGUCAUCAUGGGAUUGGUUGAGACUCUGCUCUUCUCUGUCAACGAGCACAUACUUAUCGAGUAUUUCAAGAUUGCAGACAUGGGAGGUUCGUUAAUAGUGCAUGUUUUUGGAGCCUACUUUGGCCUAGCUGUCAGUCUGGUGCUGAAGCCUCCUAAGGGAAAUGGUCCAGAGUCAUCAUCCUACACUUCUGAUCUGUUUGCCAUGAUUGGAACACUGUUCCUGUGGGUGUUCUGGCCCAGCUUCAAUGGAGCCCUGGCCGAAGGUGACAACCAACUGAGAGCUGUACUCAACACUUACCUGGCUUUGGCCGCUUGCUGUGUCACUGCCUACAGUGUAUCAACCAUUCUAUCUGAGCACAAGAAAUUCGACAUGGUUCACAUUCAGAACGCAACGCUGGCUGGCGGGGUGGCGGUAGGAGCUGCAGCGGACCUCAUGCUGCACCCUUAUGGAGCGCUGCUUGUCGGAGCCACAGCCGGAGUUAUAUCUGUCGCAGGAUACAGAUAUUUGCAGCCGAUUUUACUGGAGAAAAUCAAGUUGCACGACACUUGUGGCGUUCAUAAUCUGCAUGGACUUCCAGGACUGUUUGCUGGGUUUGUGGCUGCGCUCGUGUCAUAUCAGGCGUCAGAAAGCGAAUAUGGCAUGUUCCUCUACUCAAUAUUCCCUGCCAGAGCGCCGUUGCGAGAUAGUCCCGAAUUCCAGAGUUUGGUGAGCAAAAUCGACGUGGACCCGGGGACUAACAGGACGGCCUUCAACCAGGCUUGCUUCCAGAUUGUCGCCAUUCCAUGCACUCUGGCCUUCUCAAUCAUCGGUGGCGUUAUAACAGUCGGUACCUAUUUACCUAUUACCUAUUACCUAUUUACCUAUUUAUUUACCUAUUUGAAAAUAUUCAUACACAUAAAAUUCAAUUAAAAAUAUCUACAACUUUCUGUGGUGUGAUAGAACAGAAUUCAAGUUUCAAGAUUCAAGAUUCUUUAUUGCCAAAACAUCUUUACAUUGUAUGAGCACGUCAAAAAAUAAUAACAAUAGGCCCUAAUAUAAAACUU